AUGCCGCUUAUUCAGCCGGCCGUAAAUUCCUCCACGAAUGGCACGUCGACCAAAAGCGUUGCGCCAAACUUUGCUUGUUUGCCGCGUCUUGCACCACCGAGUGACGUAGGUGUUUUUAAUUGCGAUGAAGGGGGCGCGGGAAAGAAAGACGGCGUUUUUCCUUCGGAUGAGGGCGAGAUCGUCGGCCCGCAUUCGCCGCGCGCGGGGCUUAGACGGUCGCUUACCGUCGUCGACGGAGUCAGCAUGGUGCUGGGAGUGGUGGUGGGCAGCGGUAUAUUUGCCACGCCAGGCGUCGUUUUGCUGGACGCGAGCGGGUCGCCGUUGCUGGCGCUGCUGCUGUGGCUGCUGGCGGGGGUGGUGGGGUACGCAUGCUGUGAGGUGGCGUUUGGAGAGCUCGCGUCGUUUGUCUUCAUGUGGAUGUUCUUCUUUGUCUCUACCGGUGGGGCCCUCUCCAUCCUGGUCGUCACAUUUGCCCGAUACGCCGUCGCUCUGCUUCCCGGGGCAGCAGCUGGCGGAGAGGAGGAGAUGGAAGUGAUGGUGAUGGUCGUGGGGGGGGGGUGCGUGCUGCUGCUUACUCUUGUCAACUGCUAUGGAGUUGAAGCAGGCACGUGGCUGCAGAACUUGCUCUCUCUUUCAAAGGCUCUCCUCAUCGCCAUCAUUCUCGCAGCCACUCCUGCCUUCAUCAUCCUCCAAGGCUCCGCCACUGCGGCCGCCAACCUCCUUCAACCGCUGCCGCCGCUUGACUCGCUUGACCUCAGCAGACUUGGCGCUGGGCUGGUUGCAGCUAUAUGGGCCUUUGACGGAUGGAACUGCCUGGGCUUUUUAUCAGAGGAGCUCAAGAACCCAAAGAGGGACCUGCCUCGCUCUCUAUCCAUUGGCAUGCUCAUUGCUGUUGUCAUCUGUCUGUCUGCCAACGUGGCAUAUCUCUGCAUCCUUCCCGCUCAAGCCAUAGGCAUAUCUCAGGUGGUGGCGGUAGAUUCAGUGACGCUCGUGUUCGGCCCGGCAGCAGGCAGGCUGGUGGCGCUGCUGGUGGCAUUCAACGUGCUGGGCUCAGCGAACGGAACUCUGCUGUGCAACGCUCGAUACUUUUACGCCAUGGCAAGGGAGGGUCGCCUGCCUCGCUUCUUUGGGGCUGUCACUAAAGGCGGCGCUCCCUACGCUGCUCUCUGCCUUAUAGGGGGAUGGACCAUGGUUCUUCUCUUCUUUGCAGCCAAUCAGCUUGAGAAGCUUCUUGACUACUUUGGCAUCGCCACGUGGAUAUUCUACGGGGCAGUGGCAGCAGCUCUCUUCAAGCUCCGGUGGGCCUUCCCCAAUGGGCCGCGGCCAUAUGAGGCUCGCUUCUACCCGCUCCCUCCUGUCAUUGCACUCGUUGCUGCUGUAUUUCUGGUCAUAACGUCGCUAUUUGCUCAUCCAGUUCCGUCCAUGGCAUCGCUUGCCUUUGUUUUUGUUGCUUUCCCGUUGUACUAUAUUACCAAAUGGUUCCAAGGCCAACGUCAGCCGUCAUGCACCAAUGCUAUCGAUCAGGGUUCCCCCCAGCCCCUUCCCUGCUUUCCCCCAUCCCCCUCUGUGCUUCCCCAUGUCCCUUUCCCUAAUUCCCCCCAUCCCCUUCCCUUCUUCCCCCAUCCACUUCCGUUUUAUUCCCCCACCCCCUUCCCUGCUUCCCCAUGUCCCCUUCCCUGCUUCCCCAUGUCCCUUUCGCUGAUUCCUUCAUCCCCUUCCCUUCUCCCCCCAUCCCCUUCCCUUAUAUUCCCCCAAGUCCCCUUCCCUGCUCCCCAUGUCCCCUUCCCUGCUUCCCCAUGUCCCUUUAUCCCCUUCCCUUCUUCCCCCCAUCCCCUUCCCUUAUAUUCCCCCAUCCCCUUCCCUGCUUCCCCAUGUCCCCUUCCCUGCUUCCCCACGUCCCUUACCCUGAUUCCCCCAUCCCCUUCCCUUCUUCCCCCCAUCCCCUUCCCUCAUAUUCCCCCAUCCCCUUCCCUGCUUCCCCAUGUCCCUAGAGCUGAUUCCCCCUCCCUUCCCUUCUCCCCCAUCCCCUUCCCUUACAUUCCCCCAUGUCCCCUUCCCUGCUUCCCCCCACGCCCUUCCAUGCUUCCCCCCAUCCCCUUCCCUUCUCCCCCCAUCCCCUUCCCUUACAUUCCCCCAUGUCCCCGUCCCUGCUUCCCCCCACGCCCUUCCAUGCUUCCCCCUAUCCCCUUCCCUUUUCCACCCAUCCCCUUCCCUUAUAUUCCCCCAUCCCCUUCCCUUCCCUCCCAUGUCCCCUUCCCUGCUUCCCCCCAUGUCCCCGUCCCUGCUUCCCCCCACGCCCUUCCAUGCUUCCCCCCAUCCCCUUCCCUGCGUCCCCAUGUCCCUUCCCUGCUUCCCCCAUCCCCUUCCCUGCUUCCCCGUGUCCCAUUCCCUGCUUCACCCCAUCCCCAUUCCAGGUUCUUCCCUGCUUUCCCCCAUCCUUCUCUGUGCUUCCCCAUGUCCCUUUCCCUGAUUCCCCCAAUCCCCAUCCCUUCUUUCCCCCCAUCCCCUUCCGUUUUAUUCCCCCUGUCCCCUUCCCUGCUUCCCCAUGUCCCUUCCUGA